UAAAUAUUGGCCACCUGUAUAUGUUUUUGGCGGUUUUAUUUAGAGACAAAGACUUUGUUACGUUUUUGAACACGUAGAAACAUCAGCUUCUACACAUUCUCACCAAAGGAAAAUUCUUUUGUUCUCUAAAUCUUUUUUCCUUGUCUGUGAAACCAACCCAUAUUUCUUCAUGUUUUCUUUAUCAAAAAACUAAGCUGACAGGGGAAAAAAAUGGGAUUGUUGAGCACUUUGUUGGGAAUUUUUGGCUUUGGAAUUGGAGUUCCUUUUGGAAUCUUGGUUGGAUUCCUUCUCUUCAUUUACUCUAAGCCCAAAACUGUGAAGGAACUGAUCACUAGGCCACUUUACGAGCUAGAUGACAGUGCAUUGCAGGAUCUUCUUGCUGAUAUUCCAAUAUGGGUGAAAUGCCCUGAUUAUGAGAGAGUAGAUUGGUUCAACAAGUUUGUUACUGAUAUGUGGCCAUACCUUGAUAAGGCAAUUUGUGCUAGAAUAAGAAGCAUGACAGAAACCAUGUUUGCAGAGUAUAUUGGAAAGUUUCAGAUAGAAGCCAUUGAGUUUGAUAAUCUAAGUCUUGGAACUCUUCCUCCAGAAAUUCAUGGUCUAAAAGUCUGUGAAACAAAUGAGAAAGAACUAGUCCUGGAACCAGCAGUUAGAUGGGCUGGCAAUCCAAACAUAGUUUUGGUGUUGAAGUUGUUAUCUUUUCGAAUCACAGUUCAGUUAGUGGAUUUACAAAUAUUUGUGGCACCACGGAUAACUUUGAAACCUCUUGUACCUACCAUACCAUGUUUUGCAACUGUUGCAGUAUCUCUGCUGGAGAAGCCUGAUGUAGACUUUGGGAUGAGUAUACUUGGAGGAGAUAUUAUGGCUAUUCCAGGCCUUUAUCAGUUUGUCCAGAAAACAAUUAAAAGGCAAGUCGCAAGCCUCUACCUUUGGCCACAAACACUUGAGAUACCUAUUCUUGAUCCUGCAACAGUGGCUGUGAAGAAGCCUGUUGGAAUUCUACAUGUAAAAGUUGUGCGGGCACAAAAACUCUUAAAGAAGGACAUCUUAGGAACAUCAGAUCCUUAUGUCAAAUUAAAGCUAACUGGAGAGAGGCUGCCAGCAAAGAAAACGACCAUCAAGAAGAGGAACUUGAAUCCUGAAUGGAAUGAGAAGUUCAAGCUUAUUGUAAAGGAUCCCCAAUCUCAAGUUCUUCAGUUGAAAGUCUUUGACUGGGACAAGGUUGGUGCUCAUGACAAGCUGGGAAUGCAGUUCAUCCCCUUGAAACUUCUUACACCCUAUGAGACAAAGGAAUUUAAUCUUAAUUUGCUGAAACACACAAAGGUAAAUGAUCCUGAAGAUACGAAGCAAAGAGGGAAAAUUGUGGUGGAGCUGACAUAUGCCCCUUUUAGAGAAGACAGCAUGAACUUAGAUGGGGUUCAGGAUGGAUAUGGGAGAAAGGAAAGUGGAUUAGACAGGCCAUCUGACAGUGAGGUCUUUAGUGGAGCAGGUCUACUUUCAGUUAUGGUUCAAGGAGCUGAGGAUGUUGAGGGUGAACGCCAUAAUAAUCCUUAUGCUGUGGUCCUUUUCAGAGGAGAAACAAAGAAGACAAAGAUGAUCAAGAGAACCCGCGAUCCUCUCUGGAAUGAAGAGUUUCAAUUCAUGCUUGAGGAGCCUCCUUUAAAUGAGAAGAUCCAUAUUGAGGUUAUCAGCAAGAGGACAGGCAUUAGUUUCCGAUCCAAGGAAUGUUUGGGAAAUGUGGAUAUCAACCUCGCUGAUGUUGUUCAUAAUGGACGAAUCAACCAAAAAUACCACUUGAUCAAUUCAAAGAAUGGAGUGAUACAUGUUGAGAUACGAUGGACGACUGUUUGAGAAACAGGAUGAUCAUACAACUGACGUAAAUUUGCAGAACAUACAAGAUUAGUAGGAAGUCUGAGAAACAUAAUGAGGAUACCAUGGAUAGAACAUGGACUCAAAAAUAUACAAGACAAGAUUACUGCAAAAAGUUCAGUUCAGUGAAGGUCAAGACCAGAAGUGCAAGAAUCCAAGGUUACAGGAAGUUGAUUCAGUCCUUGAACUGCAGUUUAGUUAACAAGAUUUUGUGCCAAGUUAUGAUGUAAUCACCAAACAAUGAAAGCAAAAAUGGUCUAGAACUGUCUACCCUUCAGAGUCUUGCCUGGUCAGAGAGCACCUUUAAUUUCUUUGUUAAAUCAAGGCCUUAUCAGUAAAUUUGUUCCA